CGCCCCACUUCCAGUGCCGGAGCUCGGGCAUGGCCGCGCUGGCGCCGGAGCUGAGCCGCUGGGUCCGGGUCGAGCUGGAGCCGCCGCCGGGCGCCGACCCCCCCGAGCCCGGGCUGCGCAGGCGGUGCGUGGGGUCCUGCGCCCCCAUCUGGGAGUUCCUCAUCCGCCACGUGCGGCACCCGCGGAAUGUGAAGAAGAUCAAAGGGAACCUGCUGUGGUACCAGCACCUCAAGGAGACGCAGCAAGGGGCGGGGCCAAGCGCGCCAUAUAUGGUGGUGGGCGUGGCCCUGCGGCGGCUGAGGGCGGAGCUUGGCGUGGUGGGCGGGGCCGUGCGCGAGGCUGAGGCGGCGGCGCUGGAGCUGGAGGCAGCGCUGGGGGCGGAGCUGAGCCGCCAAGGGGCGGAGCUUCGGCGGGGGGCGGAGCUUCGGGCGCUGGGGGAGGCAGCAGCGCGGGAGGGGGAGAGGCUGCGGAGGGGGCGGGGCCGGAUAAGCUCCGCCCACCGGGAGCCGGAACCAAAGCCAGGAACGGAGCCGGAAGUAGCGGCCGUGUGCAGGCUGCGGGAGGAGGCGCUGCAGGAACUGCUGGAGCCCCGCCCCCUGCUGAUGCCGCAGGACCGGACCAUGCUGUGGAUGCAGGAGGCCAAGGCGCUACUGAACCAGCACAGCCCCACGGAGGUGCUGGGGGCCCUGGAGAGGCUGCGGAAGGGGGGUGUCGCUGGUGACCCCAACAUCAGCCCUGCCCCGGACCCCGACCUUCCCCCUAACCUUGACCCUGCGGCUCCAGCGCCUGCCGAGAGCCUCAUCCAGGACUGUUGGGUGACCGUGGGGGAGCUCUGGGAGCUUGUCCCCCCGUUGGCCUCCCGCCUGCCCCCCCUGAGGCUCCGGCUGCUCCAGCUGCAGCACGAGAUCCACCAGCACUUGGGGGGGGACCCCCAAGCCCAAGAGGCUGCCAGGCUGGUGCUGGAGGCCGUGGGGCUGGCGGGGGCUCGGGGGGCCCUGACCCGGCAGAGCCGGGAGCUGCGGGGGGGCCCCGGGGGCUCCCCAAAACCUGCCCUGGACCCCCUGAGGAGGCGGCUGCAGCAGGGGAAGGAGCAGUUGUCCACUCGCUGGUUCCGGCUCCGGGCUUUGGCUGCAGCCAAUGGGAGGCUCCGGGCGCAACUGCGCCCCCUGCAGGACCGGGCCCAGGGAGCGGCGCGCCCCCCCCCCUCGCUGCAGGGGGAGGGGCAGCGGCUGCUGGAGACGCUGAGAAUGAUGGGAACGGGGGGGGCGCCCCUCCCCCCGCGCCCCGCCCACAACCCGCUGGAGCCAAUCAGCUGCGCGCUGGGGAUGGCGACGAGUGAGCCCCUGCAGGGGGCGCUGCUGCGGGCGGCGGCGCUGCGGGCGGAGCUGCGGGAGCUGCAGGGGGCGGGGCCAGCGCGGGGGGCGGGGCCGGGCAAGCCCCGCCCACCCCGGGGCCACGUGGUGGGCGUGGCCAGCGCGAAGCUCCUCCCGCAGCUGCGGGCCCUGUCCAAUCAGACGCGGCAGCGCAUCGAGGACUGGCCCCGCCUCCAGGACGUCGUCAGCCAAUGGUGGGAGCAGCCGGCUCAGUGGACGCUGGCCCCGCCCCCCGAUGACGUCCCCUUCUCCCAUUGGCUGCAGCGCUGGGCCCAGGCCACCCGCGCCCUGGGUUUGCCCCGCCACCUGCCCUUGGACACGCCCCCAAGCGGCGAGGAGGGGCGGGGCCAGCGCAAGCCCCGCCCCUAAGCCUCGGUUUCCUCCGGCGCUCCCAUUGGCUGGGGCGCCGGGGGCGGGGCCUGGGGGGGGUUCGGCCUCAGGACUCGGGGCCUGGAAAGGGAAUGCAGUAGGUCCUAUAGAAAUAAAGCAGUAAAUAGAGCAGGUCCUGUGUUAAUUAAUUACGUUAAUUACGUAAAUGAGGCUGUUCUGGUGCUAAUGAGCUUCUCCAGCUUCCAAUAGCAGCGUGUAAACAAAGCAUGGGCUACAAUAACAACACACAAAUGGUGUACGACCUCCAACAACACAUAAAUAAAGCAGGUCCUACAGCAAUGAAAGUGUAAAUAAAGCGGGUCCUGGCGUAAGAAACCCCCUUGUAAAGCAGGACCUACAAUAACAGCCCAUCAAUAAAGCAGGACCUACAAUAACAUCCCGUCAAUAAAGCAGAACCUGCAGUAAUACCAUGUAAAUAAGACAGGUUCUAUAUCAAUAACAUGUACAUAAAGUAGGUCCUACAUUAAUAACUUGGAAAUAAAGCAGGAGCUGCAGUAAUACUGUGUAAAUAAGACAGGUUCUGUUUUAAUAACAGUUACAUAAGGUAGGUCCUACAUUAAUAACUUGCAAAUAUAAAGUAGGUCCUACGUUAAACCCCUCAAUAAAGCGGGUCCUGACAUAACAACCCCCCCCAAUAGAGUAGGUCCUUCAAUAACAACAUGUAAAUGAAGCACGACCUACAAUAACCUGUAAAUAAAGCAGGUCCUACAGUGACAAAACUGUAAAUAGAGGCGGUUCCACCACAACAUGUAAAUAAAGUAGGUCCUACGUUAAUAAAUCCCUCAAUAAAUUAGGUCCUACGAUAACACCUCCCCAAUAAAGUAGGACCUACAAUAACAAAGCAGGUCCUACCAAAUCCCCCCUCAAUAGAGCAGGCCUGACAACAACCGUAAAUAAAAUAGGUCCUACGUUAAUAAACGAGUAAAUACAGGAGGUCCCGUCACAACAACAUGUAAAUACAGAUGGUCCUACAAUAAUAACGUGUAAAUACAAGAGGUUUUCUGUUAAUGCCAUCUAAAUAAAGCAGGUCCUCCACUAAAAGAGUGCAGAUUAAGUAGGUCCUACAUUAAUAACAUGUAAACAAGGGGGGGUUCUAUGUUAAUAACGUGUAACUAAGGUCAAUCCUAUAUUAACAGCGUGUGAAUAAAGCAGGUCCUACAUUAAUAACAUGUAAAUAAAGGGGGUCCUAUGUUAAUAACAUGUAACUAGGGUCAAUGCUAUGUUAAUAGCGUGUGAAUAAAGCAGGUCCUACAUUAA